CACCGGCUGAUGGGACCAUGAUAGGAACCAUUUGUCUUCAUUUAAUCUAGUUAUCUGCAACAGGAAUACCUAAGUCCAGCACACAGGAAUGAAUCAGAUGACAUUUUCUUCUGAGGAGUGGCGUUCUCUCCCACCAAGACCACCGACUUUACCCGCAGCUUCACCUAAAAGACGAUAUGUCAAGUUGGGAAGGAAGACAAGUGAUGGCUCUCAGCAAUCAGCUUCAUCCACUGGCAGUUCAUCCACCAGCAGGUCAGCAGAGGGCGUGACCGUCAGACAGCCCAGCAAGAGCCGAAUCCGUCACCAAACUAACCGCCUCUCAGGUGUCUUCCUCCGCGGCUCCGCCUCCAACUCCAGCUCCAUGACACUGACAGCAGGCAUCAGGUCCUCGCUGUCCAUCCCAGCCAGGAAGGGAAGCAUGAUCACUGCAGAUGCUUUGAGAGUGGACGACCCAUCUGAGCUGUCCAAUCAGAUAACUGCUCCAGGAAUCCUGAAGAUCUUUGGAAAUGAAAUCUGUGAGGGAGCUCACUAUAAGAGUGUCCUGGCCACCACACACUCUAGUGCAAAAGAGCUAGUCAAAGAGGCCCUUGAACGGUAUGGCCUGGGCAAGGAGGAGGCCGAGUCCUAUGUUCUGUGCGACACCAUUGGCUCCACUGGAGAUCAUCGGUGGAGGACUGAAGGGUUCCGAGUCGUGAGCGACAAUGAGAAGCCCCUUCUCCUGCAGUCACUAUGGAAACCCAGAGAAGGCCUGGCGAGACGGUUCGAAAUCCAGAGGAGAAGCUCAGUUGAGGAGAAGGCAUCCAAAGACAAAGACACCAUCACUGCUGGUAUCAAUGCCCAGGCUCGAAAGCUGCAGAAGAGCCGCUCCAGAGUGACCUCCACCCUCAUAAAGAGGACCAUGGGGCGAGGCCACAAACUGUUGAGGAGCAAAAGUGAGCUGGACCUCAUAGAUUCUGAUACAGAGACCAAACAGGACACAAAUCACGACGAACGUCACAAGGUUCGAAGCGAGAGUCUGAAUCAAACUUCAGUGGCGAGUUAUGAGUGCCUGAAAACAAGCCCAGAACAGAAUCACAUUCACAGCCUAGCAGUUUCAUCCGAGGGGGAUGGCAGGCCACGAGCCAAAACAGAGAGCCUCUGUCCGUCGAGGCCGAGAGGCGAGCGGGAAAGAGAGGAGUCCGAGAGGGAGGAGACGGAGAACAGGGACGAUAACGCCACACAGUACUGCAUUCACCCUCCUCACGACUGUCCAUACCUGCUGUUGCUGCAGGGCUGCAGCCACGCACAGGACUUUGUCAUCUACCUACUUGCUGGGCCAAACAUUGUAUUUGGUCGUCAGAGUAAUCAUGAAGACGGGUCAAAGCCUGACAUCCUUCUCUUUGCCACUGACAUCCUUCCGAGACACUGCUGUUUCCAUCGCCAUGGCGUUGGCAGCCCCACCAUGCUCUGUCCUUAUCAGAACGCCAUGGUCACGAGGAAUGGCGAAGUGCUGAGAAAAGAAGCGCAGCUUAACCCUGGUGAUGUCAUUGGGCUGGGACAGCGCUACCUGUUUCUUUUCAAGGAUCCCUUGGCUUUGACACACAUGGAAGUAAACAAUGCUGCUCCUGAGCCCAGAAUGGGCCCCUGGAUGCUGGGCCACACCACUUCAGCCACUACAACAAGCCAUCCUGGAGACAUUAUCCUCUGCAACAGCUGCAUCACAAACUCCACUGACCUCCAGAUCUCAAGCAGCAAAGAGUCCUUAAACACAGGCCUUCCCUUUCUAAAAUCAGCAGAGUGCAACAGCCUGACUCUGGAGUAUGACAAUGAGGAUGAGGAUCGCGUCGUCAAGGAAAUAAUUGCUAUGGGAAUGACCAGCGGCAAAGAAACACCACCACUGACUGCUGCAUUUUUGCUGUGUCUUUGUGUUCAAUAUUCAUCCACAUGUCUUCAUACGUCAGACCUGCGCAGGCUGCUGUUGCUUAUUGCAAGUGAAGUUCAGAGUGCCAUGUUGGAGCACACUAAAGACCUAGCUGCAGUUCAACCUGAAGUCAUCAAUGGUGAGGGCUCAAGCCCAGAGGACCUCCAGGCUCUCAGCCAGCAUGGGGUGAUCUCAGGACUGAGCUCCCUGGUGGUGUGGAUGUCCAACAGUCUGGAGCUGCUGCAGUUCAUCCAAUACCAGCUGCCUCUGAUUCUAGAGUGGAGAACCCGAAAAGAGCAGGGACAGCAAGAUGAAGAAGAAGGACGGGAAGAUGACAAGACCAAGGAGGUGGAGAACUUGGCCCUGUUGGAGCUACGUCUGUCUUGUGUCCGUUCAGCCAGUGAGGAGACAAUGGCUGUCCUGGAGGAGGUCAUUAUGCUCGCCUUCCAGCAGUGCGUGUACUACAUCACCAAGGUCCUCUACCCUGUCCUGCCGGGCCUUCUGGAUUGCAACCCAUUCAGGGAGAGUCCUGACCUGCAGGUGACUGGCAAGAGUGUUCGGGUCCUGGGAAAAGGUGGACUGCAGGUCCCUGGUGAGAUCCAGCAUCUUGUGGAUGUUCUGGCCGAGACCUGGAGACUACUGUCUGACUGUCAGCUACACCCAGAGAUUUCCUCACAGCUCAUUGGCUACCUCUUCUACUUCAUCAACGCAUCACUCUUCAACUCACUCAUGGAGAGAGGCGCUGAGCCAGGUUUCUACCAGUGGUCCAGAGGCGUACGCAUGCGGGCCAAUCUUGACUUGCUCCUGGACUGGGCCCACAUAGCUGGACUGGGAGAACUGGCCUUGGAGCACACAUGUACACUCUCGUCAGCUAUCAACCUGCUGGCUACACCUAGAAAGAAUUUACUGCAGACAUCUUGGGUGUCCUUGCGGUCUGACUACCCUGCCCUGAGUCCAGCCCAGCUGAACCACUUGCUGAGUCUUUACAGCCCAGCAUCUCCCUGCAGACACACAUGGACUCCAUCUGUUUGUGACCAGGCCGUGGCACACGAAACUGCUGAUAUCCUGGAGAGUUUUGACACCCACCAUCCUCUGGUGCUGCCAGAUGGGGGUUACCAGAUCCAACUGAGCAGGCAGGUAAUAGAUUCAGCCCUGAGGGAACAGCUGGACAAACUGAAAGAGUUCAUGUCCACCCUUUCUGACUCCCAGUCCGAUGAGGGGACAGCUACUGAGGAGCAAAAGCUCCGGCUUCCAACUUUCGAGGGUGAUACCAUUCCCAUGGAGGCUAGACUGACUAAGAUGGAUAUUCUUCCAAAACCAAGUCUGGAAACCUUGGAUAGAUCGCCAGUUAAGAUGGUCUUAUCCCAGGCUACUGUCCAUGACCGCCACCCCCCUUCUACUACCUCUGGUGCCUUACCUCCAUCACCCUCAUCACCUCCCUCUCCGUCCUCCACCCAAAACCCAAAUGAGUUCAGCUCCUGUGGAGCCCUCCUUUUGUCUCAGAAGCUAAGAAAUUUGGAGCUGCAGACAAGAGAGAGCAGUGAGAUGAGGAGGUCAGCUCUGGACCCUUCCUGUCUCCUCACCCCACCCAACACCCCCCACAUCACGGAUUCUAUUGAUAUGGUAAAGGAAUACCAGGAUACUUGGAUGAAGGGUGACAGUGAGAAACUUCCCUGGUCCUCUGGUGUAGACACACAUGAUGAAGGUGGAUUAGUGUUUGAAUGUCUGGCUGCACUGAAAGUAGACCGUUUGAAGUCAGAUUGCCCCAGUAUGAAAACAUUUGUUGAACUGAAAGAGGAAGAGGAGGAGGAAGAGGCAGAUGACCAUUAUGAUGACAAUAAUGAUGAGGUUUUUAGCAUGGAGCUGGAGCGAGAUGAAAGAGGACUUGGUCUUGCUCUGGUUGACACAAGGGACUCUUCCUUGAGGUCGAAAGGCAUCUUCAUCCGAGCAGUGGUUCCAGACUCUCCUGCAGCCCAGUGUGAGAAGCUGGUACCAGGAGAUAGGAUCCUGGCUGUUAACGGUGUCAGUCUGCUUGGACUGGACUAUCAGCGGGGAAAGGAGCUGAUCCAGUCGUCAGGUGACAGACUGAGGUUGCUGGUGGCCAGAUCUGACUGGAUGGCUAAAGCUAUACAGACUGAUUGCUGAUGUUGUUUUUCACUGCUGCAGGACUUUUGAUGCACCAUGAGCGCACUUCAACAUUCAAGUUCAGAACAUUGGCCUUAAAAAUAUGAGUAUUUUAGAGGACAAAAAUAAAGUAUAUGAUUAUAAUAUAUUUUAGCUGUUUU